AUGGCCACGUGGCAUACAAUUCUGAAAGUUGUCCAAUAUUGCUCAUCCACCUUUUCCAUUUUUACCAAUCUUUUAUUGAUCUAUUUGAUUUUCAAAAAAUCCCCAAAAACGAUGUUAUUUUACAAAUAUUUAUUGAUUUUCACAAGUGUAUUUGAGCUCCAUUAUGGCAUUAUUGACUUGUUGAUAAAACCGGAAAUAAUUUCCGAAAAAACGUUCUGGAUUGCUGAAACCAACUCGUCCAAAUCACUGGUUUCUAUGACAGUAGGAGAGGUGUUGUUAUAUGUUUGGGCUGCUUUUUAUGGCGUCACUUUGGGAAAUUUCGUGAUGCAUUUUUGUUUUCGGUACCUAACAAUAACUAAAAACAAUAGAUGGGUGUCAGGAAUUCCGGUACUAUGCUUUUGGCUAUGCAUCCCGCCGUUUUUCGGCAUAUGUUUUUCAUCCGUCAUUUAUUUUUGCCUCGGCUCAACUGAUUCAUUGAAAGCUGUGGUUUUAACGAAAAUUAGAAAAUUCGAGAAAUUCAAAAGUGAUGAUAUGAGUUUUUAUGGUUUCACUCUAUACACUGCAAUAGACAACUGGUCGCCAGUAAACUGGAGAAGUAUUAUCGGAAAUAUAUUAAUAGUUAUGUUAAUACUCAUCGCGUUUUUCAUAAUGAUCAAAUAUGGUAUGAAAACAUACUGGGAAAUCAGAAAACUUAGCGAUGUGGCAGUCAACACAUCAGAAUUAUCAAAAUCACUUCAAUAUCAGCUGUUCAUAUCACUCGUUGUGCAAGCAAUCAUCCCGGUUUUGCUGAUUUUCGUUCCAGCAACAUUUACAGUUCUUGCUCUGCUUGGCAAAGGUCGUGAAUUCCAUGGACAUAUCAUUUCAGCUUCGAUAGCAUUGUUUCCUGCUAUUGAUCCUCUCCCAGUGGUGAUUAUUAUAAAACCAUAUAGAAACGCUGUGAUAGGUAGCUUCAAAUCAAUAUUUUCAAAACAAAACCAGAAUAUUCACCCGUCAACUCUCCAUGCUCAAGUGAUUUUGUUUUGAUAUUAUAUUUAAUUAAUAAACAAUCACCGAUUUACUUCAAAUAAAAGGAAAUUAUUUGCAGAUAAUUUAAUUACUUAA